AUGCCGUCGACGGACGAGCUCCUCCAGAGCGAGCUCUGGCGCGGCGCGGUCCCGUGCGAGAUCCGCCUCGCGCGCGACGAGGUCGCGGAGAUGUCGCCGCCGCCGCCGCUCUACGCGCUCGUCCCGCGCGGCGCGUUCCUGCCUCUGUGGCACGCGCGCGACGGUCGAUGCGCGACGCACUUCGCGAGGUCGCUGCCGCCGGGCGUCGGUGAGAUGAGACUGAGACUGCUCCCCAUACGAUACGACCCCGUUCGCGUGCGUGGUGAACGCCACGCCGCGACGGCGACGCCGUGGUUCGACCACGAGGGCACGCCGCUUCGGUGGGGGAUGACCGCGGGGGUGCUGCGCGACGUGACGUGCGGCGCGAGCGACGAGACGCACGGGACGCUGCCGUGGAAGCUGACGAUACACUACCGCGCGUACGGGGCCCGCGGCGGCGGCGGCGGCGGCGGCGGCGGCGGGGAGGACGCGAAGGAAAACGACGCGGACGGGUUGAUACGUUGCGACGACGAAGAGAGCGUCCGCGCGCGUUUCUUCAACGACCUGAAGGAGGCGAUGUGCGUCGCGAGAGGCAGCGCCGCGGCGGUGAUGUCCAUGACGCGAGCCGCGCAGGCGGACUUAUGGCGCAGCGUCGUCGACGGCGAGCGGCGCUUGGCGUGGCGAGCGGAGGAAGCGUUAGGAUCCCGUCGCGGAGGCGCGGAGUCUUCGAGCGGAGGAGGGAGCGGGAAGCGAUCCGACGCGAGAAGACGCGUCCCCGUGCGAUUCUAUCUCCUCGCCGGCGACGCGAGGAGGGAGGUGAAGUGCCUCGGCGAGGUCAAGAUCGUCUCCGCGCCCGUGUUUGUCGUGAUGCGCGAGGAGGAGGAGGCGGAGGACCCUGGCGGGGAGAGAGAGAGAGAGAGAACGACGACGACGACGAGGACCUCUACGGUGCGCUCGGCGUUGGCGGGACUGGGGGUGCUCGCGCCGACGCGCGCGGUGUGUCAGGGCGUCGCGCUAGAGCUCGACACCGAGCUCGAGCGCGCGCACGCGACGUUGAAGGGGAGCGACCACCUCUUGCACGUCGUCGUGUGGUGCGAGGCGUGA